UGCAGGAUUUUCAUGAUGUAAUACCGAUACUAUUAGUUUUAAAUCAUGAGUAAUUUGCACUGUGAAAUUUUACUGCUGAAAUAAACAAAAGAACAACCAUGGACUGCUUGGAAAAUGAGAGUUCUUUUGGAUGUUCCAGCAGCACUUUAGAUUCACAGAUGGACGGUGGGAAUUCUAUGUCUGAUGAGAUCAAUCUUUCUAUUGAUCAAAACUUGCCUGAUACCGGUACUUCUUCAAGAAGCAAACGAAAAGCUGCUGAUCCUUCGUUAGGUUAUGGAUAUCCCUAUGUUCCUUUAGCAAAAUAUAUUAGGGAGGAUAAUAGCGAGAAAUUACCACAAUCUGUGAAAUCUGAUAUAAACUUUGGUCAAGGUGGAAAUUAUUUUAUUUCUGUUGCUGAAAGAGAUAUUCUUGAUAAAGAUUUUGUAACAGAUGUUGAAGCAACGCAUCGACAAAGUCAAGUUUUUGUUUCGGCUGAUGAUGUAUCGAACCAAAACAGAAUGCUUGUAAUUGAAGAAAGUAGUAAGGAUGAUUUGACUUUGUGUGCAAUAAAAGGUGGAGAUAAGGUUGGUGUACCAAUACGUAUUUCAAUAAAUAAUGACAUAAGUUUAGGAGUUCCGCCAGUGAAUUUAAACAGCAGAACUUCACUUGAUAAUCAAACCCAAAACAAUGAUUCUGUUGACCACUCUUAUCAAAGGUUUGAGUAUACGUCAGAUCCUGAGAAUUCAGACCCUGUUCGAAAUACUUGGGUGACAACAAAAGCAGAUAAAGUGCAACUGCGAAAUAGUGGUCAUUCUUGGAAGACUGGAAAAUGGACACAAGAUGAAGUGGACCUCCUCGAAAGCAACAUUGAAAAGUAUUGUAAGGAGCAUGGGAUUGAUGAUGCGAAACAAAUUAUUUUUCAUGGAAGUAAAUAUGAUAGACCAAAGUUUUAUCCUACGAUUUCAGUGGGUUUAAAUCGCCCUGUAUUUGCCGUUUAUCGUAGGGUGAAAAGAAUGUAUGAUUCCCAAAAUUACAGAGGAAAAUAUUCCGAUGAAGAGAUUAAAAAAUUGAAAGAUUUACAUGCGAAACAUGGUCGUGAUUGGACUUUAAUUGGCAAUCAAAUGGGCCGUAGUUCAGAUUCUGUUAAAGAUCGUUGCAGACUGGUCUUGGACAAUGAGCACAGUUUAGGAAAAUGGUCUGCAGAAGAAGAAUUGAAACUUGCUCGAGCCGUUUAUACAUUAACAGGUGAAAAAUAUGGAACAUCAGUCACAGCUAAUAUAGGCUGGACGACGGUUGCUGCAUUAGUUGGUACCAGAACUGAAAAACAAUGCCGUGCAAAAUGGUUGAACUAUUUGAAUUGGAAAAUGUGCAAUGGGAAACGAUGGACAAAAGCUGAAGAUGCAACUCUGGUUGAAAGAAUUGACGCACUCGGUGUUGAGGCAGAGGAUGAAAUUGAUUGGAGAAAAUUAAGUUCCGGAUGGAAAAGUUCACGUUCGCCUCAAUGGCUUAGAAUUAAAUGGUGGUCAUUGAAACAAGUUUAUCUACACGAGAACCCUAAUAUUAAAAACGUUAAAUUGAAAGAUUUAUUGAAUGGAUUAUCAAAGAUUAUUUCAAGACAACUUAAUUCUUGGGAUUCGAGUGACCACAAAGUUAAAUUAUAUGUUCAUCGGGAUGGUUCUAAAUUGUCAGAUGAUGACGGUAAAAUUUCCGCUAAAAUUAAUCUCGAUCAGCAAUCGAAGGUUACCAACAAGCUGGGCGAUAGAAUAACUUUAUACUCUGAAAAUAUUUCUUCACUUGCCACACAAAAUAACUUAGUUUAUGUCACCGAUACUAAUAAUGAUAUUCAGAGUCGGGUUGUUCUUGACAAAGAUUCGAAUGGAAACUUGGUGAUGUCACAUCUCUCGACCUCAAACGAUACGUUUAACGAGGUGCAAGUUCAGGCUUCAGAAGAAGAUGAGAAGAAAAUUGCAGAUGGUUAUCUUGCUAAACCAUUACAAACUGAAACUAUCUCUGCAGAAGAGAGUUUAGAUGUGAACACUACACUUCAGUUGACGCCUACAUCUGCUGCAGGUGUUUAUCUCGUUCAAAAUUCUGAUUCCAACAAUCCUUUAGUAUUAUUUAUGUCUGAUGAUGUAAAUAGUGUCGACUUCACACCGGAAAUGUUGUCAUAUAUUAACCACGCAUCAAGAAACGAUGUUACAUCAUCAACUGAUGAUGUAAGAAAUAACAUGGAUGAGGGGGAUGGAGUAGCCUCACCGAGUGAUAUGACAUCACCACGCCAUGAUGAUGUCAUCACCACAUCAGAUGUUUUAGUUUAUCAAGAAACAAGUAAUGAUGAAGACAAUAAAAAUCCUAUUUUAGGAAGCGCUAUACAUGAAGUAGUCGGAAAUGACACCGAUGUUGAAAAUUGUUUUAUUCAAAGUUCAUCCCCUUUGCAAGGUACUUUGUUAGAAGGCACUGACCUCGUAGACCCAAUGUCUGAUUCAACACCAUCUGGAAAAUGUAAUAUGAAUAAUAAAGGUCAACAAGGCCAGACUGAUGUGAUUAUUUUGUGAUGUGAGUUGAUAAAAUUGCCUACAAUGGUAUAAUUUUUAGGAAACACCAUACUGCACAUAUUUUUCGCUUUUCUUCAUAUUUUUUUCAACUCGAGAUGAACUUUUUGGUUUUGAUAAUUUUUUACAGAUGAGUACAAUUCCAACUGAAGCAUAAAAACUUUUUGUUUUAAUAGAUACAAUCUAGUUAUACAAUCGCUUAUUCCAGCAAAAUUUCUAUACACAUUGUGUAAACUAAGACUUUCUGAAAUACAAUUUCGACUGAGUACCGCACAAUGUCUUUUCUUUUAGGGACUCUAAUAGAUCUGCUAAUUGAUGACCAUUCUUUCAUAGUGUAUUUCAUUUCAAGUUUCCAACACAUCUAGCAUUUUUCAUAAAUUUUGUGGGAUAAAUUGACCUAAAAAAACUGUAUUAACAUUGCGGAAACUUUUCCUUUAGUUGUGAAAUUCCUCGAUGUUUCUUUAUUGUGUUGCUGGAUCAUUGGUUCAUGUCGAAUGCUAUCCAAAUCUGCCCUUGUCUGGUCUGGUUUUAGACAUUCCAUGGCAUGCACUGCAAUCUUACUGUGAAUGAAUUGGUGGUAUAUUCAGUCAUCAAUGAUGGUUAUAUUUUGAUGUGUGUCGUUUUAUUUCAAGGAGUAGCAUUGGUGUGAAUUUUGGCAUGUGGUUUGAACUGUACUUUUCAACAGAAACUUGGUUAUGGUAUAAUGCCCGUGAUGAAGAUACGGAAUGUUUUGUUAUGCAUCUUGAAAUGUUAUUUUAGUUUUUAAAAGCAACCUGUUAAAAGUUUUAAGAAGACAUUUCAUGAUCCAGGGGGUGGCUUGCAAAUUUGGCAAGUCGUUUUAGUUGGGAAUUUUGAAAAUGCCUAUAGUGAUCUUUCCAGUUAUGCCAACUUCUAUUCACUACACAACCAAGUGCACACUUUAUUGUGUGAUAGAAAAUAUGGGUUGAGAUCAUUCUAUGAUAUUAAUUGUUUCAUCUUGAUUGCAAUUAUUAUUAAAACUAACACGUAUUUGACUUUUAUUUUUCAUAUUUUUUCUUUUUGAUUGAUGAAAUUUUUAUUUAUAUAUUUGUGAAUUUGUCAUUGUGCUGUAUACAUAAUAUGAAUUGCAUUAUCUUUCACUCUAGUGUGUGAGCAAUAUCUCCUAAUGUGCAGGUCAUUUACUUGAUGAUGCACUAUGAUGCCUUACCAAUGAUUAGAGGCAAUAUAUUGACACAGACUACAGGCAAUUCAACAAUACAAAAUCUGAUAUACAAUUCAUUGCUCAUUCUAGUCGCAAUUUUUUUUAAAAUCUAGGCUCAAUAUACCCUACUUUCAGAAUCAUAAUUGGGGUGUCCAUGAAAUCUAUCUCAUCAAAAAAAGAGUAUUCAAAAAUUUGAUGUUUCAAGUUACUACUUUAUUCCCUUUAGCAUCCAUUUUCGGAAUACUGUACCUAUUUGAAUAUAGACAUUUAAUAAAACAAGACCCUCAAAAUAAUACUGUUCAAAUUUCAAAAUAAACUGCUGUAAUCCUGGAAGUCUUGCUUAUAGGUGCGAUUCUUUCUUCUGAGUGAGUGUACUCACUAUAUGUUGUCAUAAAAAUUUAUCGAAGAGCUAAUUCAAAUAGUAUAUGAAUAUUGAGCAGGCCUAUAUAAAUUAAUGUUUCACAGCACUUUAUCUAAUACAGGCUUACAGCAGCAUUGUUGUUUGAAUUUCACUGCCUGCGCAUUUUUUGUUGCUUCUCUGCCAUUUAUAUUGACUUUGAGCAAAGAAUGUUGUCAUUUGUAUUAAAUUUUGCAUUUGAUUUUAUCCUAUUUCUUUGAUAUUUGCUACAUGAAUCAAUAUAUUUAUUCAGUUUUCUGAUACACCUAAGAUAAAUUUCGUUAUAAAGUUGAAAUAGUUAACCUUUUCACUCUUAUUAUUGACAUUGGAUAGAUUAAUGUCAAAGCAUAUUUUCGCAAAGUGUUGUCUUACGUUAACGACAUUCGGAUGCAUCCAUAUAAAAAAUUCACACUUUCACAUUCAAUUUCAAAAAUUCACCUAUCAGCCAUAUUAUAGUGAAGUCCCAUUAUUUUGAAUAUCAAUUUAAGAGUAUGAACAUAUUUGCACUGUUAUUGUGUAUUAGAAAUUGCUGGUUUUGUCACAAUUGGUAUAUUUUAACUGUACUAGUAAAAUGAAAAACUUUUCAUUAAUCCCUCAAGCUUUUGAAUAUACUAGAAUAUAGUAAUUUUAUGUUGCAUUGUAGCAUCAUUCGCAUUGCCCCAAGACUCACACCCAGUCUCUUCCCCAGUUCUGCUGUUUUGACCCAUUGCUUCAUAAUUGUUGUUGCUAUCUAUUUGCACCCAGAGUAUUUUAUGUUGUGUCAAAUUAUACAUUUUUGUCAUUUAUAUGUUAGAA